AUGUCUGAAGAAACUGUUCAUGCAGAUCUCACAUUCCAGGACUCCCAUAAGAAAGAAGAAACCCAAAUGUCUGACAAAUGUGAGGGGAAAGUAUCUUCUGCUGCUUCCCAUUCACAGCGUAAAACAGUCAUCAUUCUGAUUCUUCUGUGCCUUCUGAGGUUCAUUGGAGUGGUGAUCAUAGGAGGCAUCUUUUAUACAUCUUCGGAGACAGAAAUGAAAAAAUCAAGUCAAUUACAAAGCCUCAAGGAAGAACUUCAAAGAAAUAUUUCUCUAGAGUUGAUGUACAAUUGCAAUGACUCCAAGAAAAUCCAGUACCUUUCUACCAUGCUGCAAAACAUAGCCACCCAGCUGUGUCAAGAGCUAUACAACAAAGAUCCAGAGCACAAAUGUAAACCAUGUCCAAAGGGUUCACAAUGGUACAAGAACAGCUGUUAUUCUGAAGCCAAUGGGUAUAAAACAUGGCAAGAGAGUGUUAAGUUCUGCUCUUCUCGGAAUGCCAGCCUUUUGAAGGUUAAGAACAAGGAUGAACUGGAAUUUUUAAAGUCUAAGAAGUUACGUGGUUACUGGCUAGCAUUGUCACCUAGAGAAGAUUACAGAGACUCUGAGACUCUGAGUGAGAAGAUGUUCCUCUCUGAAUGGUUUGAAGGAAGCACAGAUGACUUAAAUGGGAUGUACUGUGGAUUUAUAGACAGAGUAAGGUUUUAUUAUACAUACUGCACUGAUCAGAAUAAAAUCAUUUGUGAAAAGACUGCCAGCAAGGUCCAGGUGGAAAGUGUGCUGAAUGGCCUUCCAGAUGGUAGCCUGUAGCUACUCUGUACUUGCUUGUCUGAAGCUACUAUCCUGCUGUGGUGGUUUGGAUGAGAAAGGCCCCCAGGGGCUCAUGCAUUUGAAAACUUGGUCAUCCCUUGGUGGAACUCUUUCAGAAGCAUAGGAAGGUGUGACCUUGUUGGAGGAGGUGUG